AUGGCUCCGCGCAAGGCAAAAGAGGCGGCUGUCAUCGCAUUGGCAAGUGGCGGACAGAAAAUCGAGAAGAUCAAGGAGAAACAGACGAAUCAGCGAAAGGGCAAACAAUCUGAGAAUGAAAGCAAGGAUAAACAAAAGAAGACAAUGACGAUGAAAGGAGAAAAGCGGAAAAAGGCGGCGCCGGACGACGAUGAGAUGCCAAAGAAAAGAAAAUACAAAAAGAAAAAUGAUUCGAUUGAUAUCCCUAUAGAAAAAAUAGAAGAAUUUGGAAUCGAAGAGAACAAUAAUGGCUUAACACCGGUAAUUUUUAGUGAAGACGAUGAAGCUGAAAACAUGUCGAGAAUCAUUGAAACUACACCAAUAGGUCUCGAAUGUGAUGAUUAUGAAGAGCUGGAAAAGCUUUGGCACGCUAUUGUUAAGGGAAUGAAAGUUGAGACGACUACAAAGUAUUAUAAUGUUCUAAGAAAGCUGAUAAUGGGAAGAGUGUCGAUUUUACAAAAUAUCACCGAGCUGGUGCCCAACUUUCCCGCGGACAUGAUUUCUGUUCAUCAAGAGUUUUGCAAUGCGCUUUCGAAAAAAAGCGGAGUGUUUCCCUAUCAAUAUCACAAAGGAACCGAGCUUAUUUCCAAGCACUACGUUGGCGGAGUUUCGGAAUUUGGCGCGCUCGGCAUUUUGUGCUGCCUUUACCAUGGCGUAAUGCCAUUUGAUAUGGAUGAGAGUCGUUUCGCCAUCACGAGAAUAUCGAGCAUUGUUCGGGAUUCCAUCAAAGAUUCACUGGAGAAGGCUGUACAGUCGUCAAAAAGGGACAAUAAUAAUGAGACAAUUAUACGCAUUUCUGAUGUUGAACCUCCUACAUUCAAAUUAUCGUAA